GGUCAUGUGACCGAGCCAAGAUGGCGUCGCCCAGCUGCUGGUGGCUCUUCUCUGUGGCUCUGCUACCCUGGUCCUGCGCCGCCUGGGCGCUGGGCCAUGUCGCCGCCCCGGGGCCGCUGCCGCUGGUGAUCUGGCACGGGAUGGGAGACAGCUGUUGUAAUCCUGUAAGCAUGGGUGCUGUUAAGAAAAUGGUUGAGAAGAAAAUACCUGGAAUUUAUGUCUUGUCUUUAGAGAUUGGGAAGACCCUGCUGGAGGACAUGGAGAACAGCUUCUUCUUGAAUGUCAACUCCCAAGUUGCAACAGUGUGUCAGAUUCUUGCUAAGGACCCUAAAUUGCAGAAGGGAUACAAUGCCAUGGGAUUCUCCCAGGGAGGCCAGUUUCUGAGAGCCGUGGCUCAGAGGUGCCCAUCGCCUCCCAUGAACAAUCUGAUCUCCAUUGGAGGACAGCAUCAAGGUGUUUUUGGACUCCCUCGGUGCCCGGGAGAGAGCUCUCACCUCUGUGACUGGAUCAGGAAAACCCUGAAUGCUGGGGCAUACUCCAAAGCUGUGCAAGAACGCCUGGUGCAGGCGGAAUAUUGGCAUGAUCCCAUCAAGGAGGACAUGUACCGCAACCACAGCAUCUUCUUGGCGGAUAUCAAUCAGGAGCGGGGCGUCAAUGAGUCCUACAAGAAAAACCUGAUGGCCCUGAAGAAGUUCGUGAUGGUGAAGUUCCUCAACGACUCCGUCGUGGACCCUGUGGAUUCUGAGUGGUUUGGCUUUUACAGAAGCGGGCAAGCCAAGGAAACCGUCCCCUUGCAGGAAACCGCCCUGUACACACAGGACCGCCUGGGGCUGAGGGAAAUGGACAAAGCAGGAAAGCUGGUGUUUCUGGCCACAGAAGGGGACCAUCUUCAACUGUCUCAAGAAUGGUUUUAUGCCCACAUCUUACCCUUCCUUGAGUGAAACCCCUGCAGUUUGCAGCAGCACUCGGGGAGCCCCCAGCUCUUGCCGACCGCCUGGGGGAGUUCCCUCCCUGCCCAAGCCCGCGCUCACAGCCCGCUUGCAACUGGCCCUUCUCUCCUGUCCUCUAACAUGCCCUGCUGAGAUGCCAAUCUUCUGCUUUGCCGCCUCCUAUCACCGCACCGUGUUGAAUGCGAGCUGAAUUAGUCAGGAACCCUGAGGACUGUUUUACAGCCUGCUUGGUGUGCUCCGGCUCAGCCUUAGGAAAGGCAGUGGGCUGCAGAUCAGCGCUCAGGCCGGUGCCGAACAAACUGAACCCAGGGCUAGGUGCGGAGGGCAAACACCUUCAUCAGGAACGUCUAGGCACGUUCACCCCGGCCUGAGCGCUCAGGUACCGUGCAUGCUCUGUUUCGCUGGUAGACUAGACUCGUGCUUGGCUCACGCCACUGCACCAUUCUGCCGUGUCUCACAGGGACCUGCCGGACGCCCCCCGCCCACCUCUGCAGCACUCACUGUCUCCCCAGGCAGGGAAGAAUUCGUUGCUGUGUCACAAAAGCAGGGAAGCAACACCCAUUUGUGGCUUGAGAGAGGAAAUGUAGUCUUGCAUCACUUAGAUCGGAGGGAGUUGGGGACAAAGAAAAGGACGGGAAAAGCGAGGCAGCUAGUCCUCGCGUCCACACGGACUAGUGGUCCGCUGAGACUGGGCUGAGCGACGGGGAGCUCAGACGCCUAACUCCCCCCCCCCCCCCCCCAUGCUGCCCUGCAUACCGGGCCAUUUCUGAUGGCUUCUGUGAGAAAGGGAUCUGUGCUCAGAAAGCUUGCAGAACGCUGCAGUCCCAUCCUCCUCCACCUCCGAGAAGGCCUGUUGGACAGCACCACCCCCACCCAUCCCCUCUCACUCCCGGCGAGCCUCCGCGGUGCGCAGACCUAACAGCGCCUCUGGAGACUUCCGCGGAGGCGUUCAGAGACGUGACUAGCUGUGCCCUGAUGCCAGCGCCUCGGUAGCGGCGCAGGUUACCCCGUAGGAUUCCCGUCCCACCCCACCUCCCAAGCAUUAUUCUUUAACGGAUUAGAGAUGAAGAUUACCGGCAAGAAGUGGGAGGGUAUGAAAAUAAUUUUAUGAGGUUGUCUAAAAUAAAGAGUAGUUUCUUAUCCUUGGUGUCAUUUUUCCCC